GGGGGGGGGCAGGCCGUGAUGAAGCGGCCGAGGCCGAGGCGCCAAGAUGGCGGCGCGACCGUGGUGAGCGGCCCGGGGUCGUCUUCGUCGUUUUGGCCCUCACGUCCGAGCGCGAACGACAAGCGGACCGACGACAGCGGUUGCCGUCGCGACGAGCGACGAGACGAGAAGGCGACGCCAUGGACACGAGGAGGCGUGUGAAGCUGUACACGCUGAACGAGGACCGGCAGUGGGACGACCGGGGCACGGGCCACGUCUCCUCGAGUUACGUGGAGCGGCUCAAGGGGAUGUCCCUGCUCGUUCGCGCUGAAUCAGACGGUUCCGUGCUUCUAGAGUCCAAGAUUCAGCAGGAUACGGCUUACCAAAAACAACAGGACACGCUCAUAGUUUGGUCGGAGGCGGACAACGUCGAUUUGGCCCUGAGCUUCCAGGAAAAAGCUGGGUGUGACGAGAUUUGGGAGAAAAUCUGUGAGGUUCAAGGCAAGGACCCGUCGGUGGACAUCACGCAGGACGUGGGCGAGGAGGAGUCUGAGGAGGAGCGCCUGGAAGAUGUUCCGGAGCCCGCUGUGACGUCGGCGUGCGUGGACCUGCCGCCAUGCGAGCUGGGCCGGCUGGGCGAGCUCGCUGCGCUCGUUACCUCCAUCCUGCCGUCGCCUAUACGGCGCGAGCGGCUCGCUACCGCCAUUGAGAAACAAGGCUACGUGAAGAAGCUGCUGGAGCUGUUCAGCGUGUGCGAGGACUUGGAGAACACUGAGGGCCUGCACCACCUGCACGAGAUCGUGCGCGGCCUCUUCCUGCUCAACAAGACGCCGCUCUUCGAGGUGAUGUUCUCCGACGACUGCAUCAUGGACGUAGUCGGCUGCCUGGAGUUCGACCCGUCCCUCUCGCACCCACGGAGGCACCGCGAGUUCCUCACCAAGAUCGCAAAGUUCAAGGAGGUGAUUCCGAUCAGGGAUCCAGAGUUGAGGCAGAAGAUCCACCAGACGUACCGGGUGCAGUACAUUCAGGACGUGGUGCUGCCCACCCCUUCCAUCUUUGAGGAGAACAUGCUCUCCACGCUGAGCUCCUUCAUUUUCUUCAACAAGGUGGAGAUCGUCGGCAUGCUGCAGGAGGAUGAGAAGUUCCUAACGGAGCUCUUUGCUCAACUCACCGACACUGAGACGGAGGACGACAAGAGACGGGAACUGGUUAAUUUCCUGAAGGAGUUCUGUGCCUUCUCGCAAACGCUUCAACCACAGAACAGGGACUCGUUUUUUAAGACGCUGGCAAACCUGGGCGUCCUCUCUGCACUGGAAGUCAUCUUGGGCUCGGAGGAUCCGGACGUUCGGAACGUGGCGACAGACAUCUUCUCGUACAUCGUGGAGUACAGCCCGUCCAUGGUGCGCGAGUUCGUCAUGCAGGAGGCGCAGCAGAAUGACGACGAUAUCCUGCUCAUUAACCUGCUGAUAGAGCAGAUGAUCUGCGACUCAGACCCGGAGCUGGGUGGCGCCGUGCAGCUCAUGGGGCUCCUGAGGGUGCUCGUCGACCCGGAGAACAUGAUGGCAACGGCCAACAAGACGGAGAAAACGGAAUUCCUCAGCUUCUUCUACAGGCGAUGCAUGCACAUCCUUUCAGCGCCACUGCUUGCCAACACGACAGAGAACAGUCUCUGCAAAGACGACUUCCAAACGGCACAGCUCCUGGCGCUCAUCCUGGAACUGCUAACGUUCUGCGUGGAGCACCACACCUAUCACAUCAAGAACUACAUCCUCACCAAGGACCUCCUGCGCAAAGUGCUCGUGCUGACCACCUCCCGGCAUGCCUUCCUCACCCUCAGUGCACUGCGCUUCAUGAGGAGGAUCGUGGGCAUGAAGGACGAGUUCUACAACCGCUACAUCCUUCGGGGAAACCUCUUUGAGCCCGUCAUCAAGGUGUUCAUGAGCAACGGCCCCCGCUACAACCUGCUCAACUCUGCCAUCAUCGAGAUCUUCGAGUUCAUCCGAGUGGAGAACAUCAAGUCGCUUACGGUGCACGUGGUGGAGAACUUCUGCAAGGCGCUGGAAGACGUGGACUACGUGCAGACGUUCCGUGCCCUGAAGCUUUGCUAUGAGCAGGAGCGCGGGCGGCAUACGAGCCAGAAGCUCUCCGGCAGCAUCGGAGCGUCGAUAUUCCGCAACGGUGCCGGGGCACGUGACCCUCGUGCUCUGGACGACUCGGACGAGCUGUGGAACGGCGAGGCAGAGAGCGAGGAGGGGGAAGAGGGUGAGGCGGUCGUCCCCCACUCCAAACAGGCGGGGACAGAGCACGACAAAGAGGAGAGCUUAACCGACACCAAAGAAGCAGAAUGCUUAGAAAAAGAUACGCUGUUACCUUGCAAAGAGGACGCCGACAGCCCUGAGCCAGAGAGCAAGUCCCCCAAAGGCCGCAACUCCCCCGAGGAGGAGGAUGCCCCCAUGCCCGAAUGCAGCAGUGGCACCGGUGACGACGCCACAGCGCACGCCGCGGUCUACACGGACAGCCCCGGGAGCGGCAGCAACAGCAGUGGCAACAGCAGCAGCAGCAGCAGCGGCAACAGCAGCGGCAACAGCAGCGACGGUGGCGGGAGCCCCGAGUCCCCGCUGUCGUGCGCUCAGGCAACGUCGCCCAACGAAUCGCUCUCCCCGGACUCAACCACAGGACCCGACGGCACGAGCGUGGAGGCGAUCGGAGGCAGUGUCGGCGUCGCCAUCCCCGCCACCGCCGCCACCAAGGGAAGUCUCGGGCUCGUGGACUACCCGGAUGACGAGGACGAGGAGGACGAGGAGGAAGACGACAAAGAGGGGGAGGCAAUGGAAGAAUCGGUUGCAAAACGGCCUCGUUUGGAGCCAUAACGGCGGUUGCGCCCUGCCGCAACUUUCCACAACCGACGGGAGGCAGGAACUCCAGGAUUUAGUGUGCUCGGCAGCAUCCAGUGCAAGUGAGAUCGACGUUUUAAAGAAAUUACAAAAGAAGAAACGAAGAAAUAAAGCAAAACAAAAAAAACCUGUCACCUUCCCUUACCAGCAUCAGCGGAAAAAUACACUUUAAAUUAAAGAAAACGGAAGGAGGGGCAGGGUGCGUUUGCAGCACUGCAGUCACUUUUUGCAUUGACCAGCAGCUGUUCUGUGUUGCAAGUCAAGUGCCAAUUUCUGCUUGAAGCGCUGACAAGACAGAUCUUGUGUGCGUUUUUUUGUGUGCGAUGAUCUCCGAACACUAUACUCAGGGUGAUAAGCACGGUUCCUGUGAAGCAUGUUUGAUGCCAGUCCCAGCUCUUGGUGCGUAGUAAACUUUCUACUCAAAUGAAAACUAUUCAUCUUGCGGAUGCGUCACAAGGGUUGCGUAUUUAAACAGUGUCCCUUUUAAUGACAAAAUUCCAAAUUGAUUUAAUUGAAGGAUUUAAAUGAUGGGGGGGGAGGGUUAGGUUUGGGUAGGGGCAGCUUUUUUAUUCACUCACUUUUAUUAAAUUUUAAUCAAUAAUCCUUCAUUUUAAAAUACUGUAAAAGUUUAGCAUAAAAACCACUGCUGGCCCUGGUGUCUUGUGUGUUCGGGACCAAUUUUACUAUUUGUUGUGCAGAUUACGUGUUAAAAUUAGUGAUCAGUAGCAGUUGGUUCACUUGACAGACUUUAAAACUUCCUGCCCAUUUCUGCAACAAAUUUUGGAAACUGUCUCUAUCCGUUGCAUAAUGCAUAAAUCUUCGUGAACCUCGUUUAAGAAAAAAUGUCACCAGUUGUGAUCUCUCUGAAAGCCCUACAAUCAGUCCCUAUAAUAUGUAUUUAAAGGAACAUUUUGAACACUUUUGAUAUGCAUGCCCUGUUGCGCUUGAAGGUCGGUCACAAUGCGACUAUCUUUUGCCACUUGUCAUCGUUUCGCAAAACUGGUCUUGUCACGAUCCAGUUUUGAGAACCCAAUCCAUGGGAGCCACCUGUUCCUGACGCAGCUUCAAGUGUUUUCCCUUCUUUGUUGGCAGUUGAGCGUCAAGUUUUGCUCGUGAUUGCCGAUCGAUGGAAUUGGUGCGACUUAGAUUGGGUUAGAAUUGCAUCACAUUACCGGUAUUUGUAAAGCAAAAUUUGAAAUAAAGGCUAUUUUCAGAGAGACA